UAAAAACAUAAAAUGAAUUGUGUGAAAGGAUAUAUAAAUGUUACUAAAACCAUAGCAUCGUAAUUGCAGACAAUAAAAAAAGUGAAUACAAUUGCUAAGCUAUAAAAUAAUGAUUAUUUGGUGUAAAUGAUUAUAUCAAAGAAAAAUAUUACAGAAAACUCUUCACUAGAUUACUAAAAUUUGUAUUAAUUAAAAUUGGAUGGGUUUCAUCUACUUUAAAGAGGAAGUAUAGUUUAACAAAAUUUAUUGACAUCUUUUAGUAAUGAUAAAGAGAGAUUUGUUAAAUAAUAGUAAAUAACAGAUGAAUAAGAGAAACCAAGAUAAGUGAUAGAGAUACAUGAAUAAGGCAAAUUACUAUUUAGCAUAAACACAUAAAAAUACCAUGAAGAAAUAUUGAAUAAUGAGAUGGUGGGAGAACCAUUCAUUUGGAACAAAAAAAAUAAUAAAGUUUUGUAUUUAGCGAAAGGGAAGAAUAAAGAAACUAAGACUUUCUUUUAGGUGGAAAAAGAAGAGGAAAUACAAUAAGCAUGGAAUUAUAGGAAAUAUGAAUAAAGCUGGGGAGAGAGGAUGGAUAAUGUAGAGAUAUUUUAUUUAUUUAUGAUAGAUAUCGAAUAGCAAAGAUUAUACAAAGUAUAAACACCUAAUAAUUUAUUUUUAACAUAUCCCUAGUUUACAGAGAAUGAUGAAAUAAUAUUAGGGGGAUAUAAAAUUCAUAAAGAAUUUAAAUAUGGAAUAGUUCAUUGUUUUAAUAGGGAGAGUGGAAUAUAUUUAAUAGAGAAACCAAAAUUAUUAGAGUUGCCUGAGAAAGGAGAGGUAAUGGAUGAAUAACCAUUACAAUUAUUAUCAAAGCACGAUAUAUCCGUAAAACCUCUUAUAAGUCCAGAUUAUAAAAAAGUAUUAUAUUUAGGAUCAGAUUACAAACACCAACAUUUAUGUUAUUUGAGUUUGAAUAUGAUAAAUUUAGAAAGUAAGACAGUGGAAGAAUUAAUUGGUGUAAAAAAUGAAAAUGAUUUAAGAUAAGUGAGAGAGAAGACAGAAAAGAGAGAUAAUAUAAUUGGAGGAAUAUGUGGUUUUUAUGAUGAUCUUUAAUUAAAUUUUUGGAGUAGAGAUUCUAACAAUUUCAUCUAUAGUUCAAUUGUAUUAGGUCAAUAAAAAAUACAAUGCAUAGAUGUGAAUACAAAAUAAAUAGUAAAUAUAAGUCAUUCUGAAGAAUAAGAAGUGACACAUAAUUGCGAAAUAAUAAAUUAUGAUAAAGAAAAUGAUAUUUUAUAUUACACUGAUGAGAAUAUAAAUUAAUCUCCAAUCCUAACAGCCGUAAUUAAUGCAAUGGAUAAAUAAAGAAAACAUAUAAGAAAUUUAGAUCAUUUUAAUAUUAAAGUCUCAAAAGAAAAGUUCGUUGAAGAGUUUGUUUAAAGUGGUGAGGCAGAAGGUUUUGUUUGGUAUUUAAAAGAUGAGGAAGAGAAUUUAGAAUUACGAAAAUUCUUUAAUGAUAGACCAUUAAUAGUAUUAGCUCAUGGUGGGCCUCAUGGUGUUAUAUAAAGUUAAUAUACAUAAUUAAGACAUAUUUUAUUAUAGUAAGGAUUUAUUUUAUUGGCUCCAAAUUUUAGUGGAUCAUGUAGUUAUGGAUAGAACUUUAUAGAAGCUUUGAGUGGAAAGAUAGGAGAAUUAGAUGCAUAGGAAAUCUUAGAUAUGAUAAAUUAAGUUUAGUAAAAAUUUAAAACAGGAAAGACUUUUAUAAUGGGUGGUUCUUAUGGUGGAUAUUUAAGUGCUUUAAUGGGAUCUAAAUAUCAUGAUAAAUUUAAUGCUGCAGUAAUAAUGAAUCCUGUUGUUAAUUUACCAUUUAUGAUUAAUAUAACAGAUAUUCCUGAAUGGGGAUCAUCCUGCGCUUUAAAUAGAAAACAUACAUGGAAUCUAAGUACAGAAGAUUAUAAAAUUUUGAUUGAAAAAUCGCCUAUGUUACAACCACUAAGAAUUCCUUCGUUGUUAUUAAUAGGUUCAAAAGAUAGAAGAUGUCCUUAUCAAUAAUCUUUAGCUCUAAGAGCAUAAGCAUUAGAAGUUGGAACUGAAGUUUAAACUUAUGUUUAUCCAAAUGCGGAUCAUUCAUUAGCUGAUAGUUUAAAUACUGGAUUUGAUACGUUUUUAAAGAUCCUUUUAUUUUUGAAUGAGAAAUUAUGA